GCGCUUGGUUUGGGUGUCUUUGAAUUUCGGUUGCCAUUGACUCUCAAGCCACGUGACCACAUACAGAAUGUUCCGUCCGUGGUGGAGAAAGGUACAGGAGAAUGCUGUGCCCCUCCUUGCCAGUGGCAUGGUAAGCGGCUCGGGCAUGGCAGUCGUUUUCAAUGCGACAGAGGAGUACAGGAUGGCUCGUGCCAUUCAGAAGGGGCGUUUCCGCCCAGAGAAGCCCAAAAGCUUUGAAGAGAGAUUCCAGAACUUUGACCUUCCGACCAUCCACCGGGGACUUGGCACUGAGGGCAUGGUGGCUCUCAUCGGUCUCAAGGCCACCGGGAAGAGCACGACCCUCCAACAAGUCCUGUGGGAAGCGGACAACCCCUUCUACAUGAAGGUCUCCCACGAUGAUGCACACCGAGCCAUCCACAAUCAGCUGCGCAAAGGCAUUUGGACACUCCCAUGGUUCAUGGAUGGCUUUCGCAUGGAUUGGGAGAAGGGACAUGAGGAUGUGGUGACCGAAGUCUUCAAGAUGGUGCUGGAGCAAACCCAGAAGCCCGUGCGGCUGGGUUUUGACAUUGUGGAUGAGCCCAAGCACGGCAUCGAUGCCCCAUUGUUCAAGAAAGCUGUGGAGACUUCCACAAAGCAUGAUGUCCAAUUCCUCACGAACUUUGACGCAAAGCUCUUCGUGAAGCGGGUGAAAUACCUAUGCGCAGACAGGCACGUGUCAUCAGCCCUCUUUGCCACCAGCGAGGGUUUGCAGAUGCUCUCAGUGCAAGAGCCCCGUCUGCGCAAGAUGCUCGGGAGGGAGUUGCCCCUUCCCAAGGCCAAGGAGUACGUCAAGUCCAUGGGCGUGGAGGGCAUCCCUGACGAGAUGCUGACGUGCAUCCCCCGAACCUUUGAGACUUUGCGGGAAUUGGCGGCAACUCCUGACAAGCAGGUCUUCUGUGACAAGGAGAUGAAGAAGUUGGUGGUCGCCGUCAAGGAGUCCAAUGCGGAGGCCUUCAAAGACGCCAAGGGGCUCUACCACAAGGCCCUACAUGGCCCAAUUGACAUAGAUGACAUCAGAGCCACUAUGUCGGGCACGGCUACCUUGGCGGGUGAGCCCAAGGAGGUCUUCAUCAAGCACAUGGUGAAGACCAACAUCUUCACACCACGAGAUGAUGGACUUUACGAGUUGCAGUUUGACUGUCAGCACAAAGCUGUCAAGAAGGUCUUUGACAGUGGCUCGUGUUUCACUCCAACAACAUACCGUCCAAGGACAGUUGAUUGAGCAAAAAGUGCAAUACCUGCGCUCAUCGCGCUUGUCCUCAACUUGUGGCUUGAGCGUGUGUGUGUGUGUGUACCUUCUCAAACCCCGGAAUGUCCCAAAUGACCAUUUCACAACCGC